ACGUACAGAGGUGUGGCAUACACCAAGAUCUCGUUGGUCGCCAUACUGGCCCCAAGUGAAUACUUUUGCCCAUCACCUGGGGGGACAAUCAAAAGUACCACAGGCGCAUCCUCGUCAACACACUUUUGCUGACCACACCGCGACGGUCUUCAAGAGUCGACAAGCCUCUUCUGACCAAAGAAGCGGCCUAUCUGCCAGAGCGAAUAGUACUCGGCGAGGCGGAAGGUUGCGCGGCAUGGGUGUCAUUCCGCAAAACAUCACCUGGCGAACAGCCCGAACAGAACAGGUCGCUAUGACUUCCACCGUGCCCGUUGUUGCCACGCACGCAGCGCCGCUGCCGCGCGAGAUGAAGUGCGCGUACCGCAGCAAGUACUGUGACGCGCCACGCGCCACCAAGCUGGACGGCACGCUACACAAACUCUGCGACUUCCACCGCCGCAAGGCCAACGCCAACCAGCAGCGGCUGCACAAGCGCAAGAAGCGCAUCCUCGAGCAGCAAGCUGCCGAUGGACUGAGCGUAGUGACUCCGCAGACGCCCAAGACCGGUAUCCGCGCCAUGAAGCGAGCGCGCUUCAAUCCCGACAGCCCACAGAGCACCACCGAGCCCAUCGACGGCUUCACAUUUCAGAGCAACUUUGACCUGCUUGAAGUCCGGAUCCUCGAAGUUUUGCUCUUCGGCGCCGACAGUGCGAGCACGCGGCAACCGGCGCAAGUGACGGUUAAGGAUGAAAGCAUGUUUUGCCCCGUAUCCCCCACGGCGCCUUCCAUGAUGACGUCCGUGCCCGUGUUCGACGAUGCUUGGUCCGUGACGCUCUAGCUGACUUGUGAACAAACAAUUGAAUGGAAAACUAUAUACCAACGCGCAGUACCUGCGAUGAAGAACUAUAUCAUACUAAAUACAAACUCGAUUCGUACGCGAAGGUCAUGUUGUCGUUUGUCUAGCCUUUGAGUAAUGAUUCACUAAAUUCCAAGUAUUGCGCACGUCGAUCAAUGUUUGUCAUUCAGUUAUCAAUAGUAACAUUCA